AAUGAGCAACACUUUUCUAAUUGCCCUGUCCUUGAAAGUUUGACUUUGGGAUUCUGCACUUGGUCCAAUUUGUGGAAUUUCUGCAUAUCGAUUCCUACACUGAAACUUUUGGAAAUUUAUAACUCCAGAGAUACUGAUGAUGGUUUACGGAACUGUGCUCUCAAAAUUGAUGCACCAAAUCUAGGGUCACUUAUGUAUUGUGGUAGUGUGGCAAAGGAAUAUGUUCUUUCCAGCUUUCGAACACUAGAAUCUGCAGAAGUUCUCUUGUAUGAAUAUGGCGGUGUACAAAGGGAGAUAGGUUAUGGCGUAGCUGUAAGUAAGUUCUUUCGUGCGCUUUCACACGUACAAUGUCUUGAAAUAUAUGCUGAAACCCUAGAGACUCUCUCUACCGUAGAUGACUUCGUAAACAUCCUACCUCAUGUAUUUCAUGAUGUGGACGAGUUGAUCCUGAAAGAUGGAAAAACCACUGAUAAGUCACUAUUUCUAUUGCUCAAAGCACUACCUAAUUUGAGGUGGCUUGUAUUUGAAGAGAGCUGCAUUGCCGGCAAUAAAGAAGUAGAACACAGUUGGGUUGGUCAUAUGUUGACUGCUGGAUGCAUGUUUCAACACCUAGAGACAGUUUACAUUGUGCGUUUUAGUGGGAAUGCAAGGCAGAUGAGAUGGGUGAAACUGAUAUUGAAGACUGCAAACACUUUGGAAGCAGUUAUACUAAGUCUAAGAAGUGAUGAUUCGAUAAAUCAAGAAGCACUUAUGUCAGACUUACAAAGUCUUCCAAGAGCCUCCGAUGGGUGUGAGUUUGAGUUUGAAGAGUACUGAUUAUUGGAGAAACAUAUUGUUAGUUUUCUUGUUAGCAUUUAAGCGUUUUAUUUGUAAUUCAGUUUUAUUCCUAAAAAUAUAUGAGAAACUGAGCUUUUGAAUCAAAAGAUGUCAACUGGUUAUCGCAGCCUACAAGAUAUUAUCAUUUAUGAAAAUUAUCACCCAGGCAUGUAAACUGAAAAGCUCCUUGUCAGUAAGACAGGUUGGUUUA